UCGAGGCACUUAUUACGAUCGUAUAAUUACGGGCGACGUAUGCGGAGUCAUAAAUUCCCGGUGAUUCCCCUCGACAAGCGGCGAGAAGCCCGAUGAAAAAUAUCGCGAAUCUUAUCAGACACGGUGCGAGCUGAGAUCAUCCGUUAAAUCACUCGCUCGUAUUUUAUCGUAUCGCACACCUUUCGCACGCCGUAACCGUUGUACAAUCCGCGAGUAUCUAAUGCACGUGCUGCGCACCGACCAGAUGCAUCGAGAUGCACGGUCUGUCGGGGCAAACGCUUCGGCCGCCGGUGAAUGGAGGCAGCGAGGCGACGACAGGAAUGCCAAUCCUUAUUUGCACUUCUAUCUUCGUCUAUGGAUACGUCUUCUUCGACCAAUUCAUCACGCUUGUCGAUCGACCGAUCGUGAAUUACCAUCGUGCAAACCUCGAAUUGGUUGUGCGUCGAUAAAUGUACGUAAGUCUUGGUUUCAUUUUCGCCGGGAGCGCCGGGAACCCUUUGCUGCACCCCGUACACAGCUACCCGGGUGCCAAAGUAUAAGGCUCGUAACACCCUUCACGAUCGGCUGUGCUAACGACUUUUAGAUCAUUAGUUACUGAAACUACCAAUACAAUUAUCGGGCCUGGAUAUUUAUUCCCUUAAUCUCAGCCCCGAGACUCCGGCCAAGAUUGCCGACCACGAGCAAUUCGGGGAGGCCAUUCCCGUAGCGUUGUUUAGACCUAGCCUGUGACUGCCUCUUAUCCGGGCGCG